AUGACGCUGUCAGAACAACAAAUAUUGGCCAUCUCGGCCACAGAGCGUGUUUGCUCGACUAUUUCCCUGGUUGGAACUUUUGUUAUAGUCACUACUUUUAUCUGGUCCCCCACGUUCCGUAAACCCAUCAACCGCUUGGUGUUCUAUGCAUCAUGGGGUAACAUUAUGGCUAGUAUAGCCACCAUCAUAUCGGCAGACGGGAUUCAUUCUGGGGUUGAGAGUUCCCUGUGCCAGUUCCAGGGUUUUUUGAUCCAAUGGUUCAUGCCCGCCGAUGCACUGUGGACAUUCGCAAUGGCAUGCAAUGUCUACCUAACAUUCUUCCACAAAUACGACUCCGAGCAACUACGUCGGCUCGAAUGGAAAUAUGUGCUCUGCUGCUACGGUAUUCCAUUCGUCCCAGCUUUCGCAUACUUCUUCAUCCAGACCCAAGCCCGAGGCAGGAUAUAUGGCUCUGCCAUUCUCUGGUGCUGGAUCUCUGUACAGUGGUCCUUCCUCCGCAUCGCCAUAUUCUACGGACCAGUCUGGCUCAUUAUCUCAGCGACCUUCGCCAUCUACCUACGUGCCGGGUCGGUGAUUUACCAGAAACGGCGCCAGCUUCGGAACCUCGGUGGCAUCGACUCAGAUCUUGUCCCAGAAUCUCCCUUUGCUAUGUUGACUGGCAUCCAAGUUACCAGGGAGAUUGCCUGUUCUACUCCAGAGCGUCGGUCCUUGUCAGAGAGCGCCGCGCGGGGGCUGCCGUGCAGUGCGUUCAGAGCAUACUCGGUCACGAUCGAGGGCGGUGGUACCUCCAGCACGAUGCAAGGUUCCAGCUCAAAAAUCGGUCCCAGUCCUCUUCACCAGGAGAAUUCUAGCAAGACCGUGCGGCCGGAUGGAGCGGACUCACAGCGGAGGUCGACGUCCACGGAAGCUACUUCGGCUACGUGGGCCUAUACGAAAUACGCUAUGUUGUUCUUCAUUGCCUUGCUUGUCACAUGGGUCCCCUCGACGAUAAACAGAGUCUAUUCCCUGGCUCGUCCUGAUGACUUUAAUUUCAGUCUCAACUAUGCAUCUAGCUUCGUCCUUCCACUUCAGGGCUUUUGGAACAGCCUUAUAUACGUCUCUAUUUCAUGGCCCGCAUUCAAAUUACUUUGGUCUGACCUCCAUAACCGCAUAUCCUCGUGGCGCAUAUCCCGUUCGGUGACACAUAUACAAUCCUUCCAUCUUCGGAAUGGCUCACAGAGCUCGAGUCCUGCUCUUCUGAUGAAAACUGAGAAUGAGGAGAACAGACGCCGGAGUUGGCUGGGCUUAGAUCCAUCAAGUUAG